CUGUGAAAUCUGGCAUAACAAAGAAAAGGCUUAUUGAUCCUAACAUAAAUGAAUUCAAAGUUGUUUACAAAAAUAUGAUGAAAUGGCUUAAAAAUCGUGUACAAAAGGCGUGUGAAUGGUAUAAAAAACGUGAUAUAUCCAAGGACGUUCGCCCAGGUAUGGCUGUUGCGGAAACAUUAAGGGUUAAGGCAAACAUUAAAGAUAACUGCCUAAAAAGCCAGUUCAAUUGUGCAUGUUAUGUGUGGUUGCAAAAACCUAUCAUGUGUGAUUUUUUUUUUUUUAGUAUUGUGUGCGCAUGGAGGUUUCAAGUUCGAUUUUGAAAUUUUCAUACGCAAUGUGGAGCGGUAUGUUGGCCGGUAUGUUGGCCAUUUUUACAAAAUGAAGUAUCUGCAUCUGGCCUUUGCAGAUACAUUUCUGUUGUGCCAAGAAGUGAGUUAUACAUGUCCAAUUAACAUAAUUAAAAUCUAUUUAUUUGAUGUAUUUUUUCAUAUUUUUUUUCAGCUACAAGAAGAUUUGCCUGAGCUCCAGGACACAGCGAGGUUGGGCAUGGAUGGGCUCUAUAGCCUUUUUUAUCCUGGAGAAAAAUUUCCCGGUAGGUUAGACCGGAGGAUUUGCUGUGAAGCAAAGUCGGCGAUAUAGUAAUUGUUAGUUUAGUGAAAAAACUGUUUUACUCACAUUAUUAAAUAAAUUUUAUGUUUUUUAGAUCGUCACAGAGCUAUGGGAGAUGUAAAUGCCAUGUUAAAAAUUUUUGGUGAUAAACUGUGGGAACAUUUACCACAAUUACGGAUCCUAACUUACAAAUCGUUGUAAGUAUUUGUAUGUUGUUGUUAUUUGUAAGUAAUUGUUUUGGUUCCCGCAGAAAUAGUAAAAUAUAUCUGGCAAAUGCUACGCGCAUGGUUUCAUUAGUUAAUGCAUGUUCUGAGAUUUUAGAAAACCCGUACAUGUUUACAAAAAAACAUAUUAAUUAUGGCUGUUUUGUGAAUAGCUGCAAGGGACGUCAGAGCCUACACAGUUGGAAAGAGAGUCGACGUCAAUGUGUCUCCGUCCGGAGUUCCCCUGUAGCAAGUAAAGUGCUUGUUUAUUACUGAAAGUGCCUCUAAUAAACCAUCAAGGCGUUCUUCGGUUUCACAAUAUUUUCUCUUGUUUGCAAAAUAUUGAUUGAGUCUUGAAUAUCGAUUGAGUCUGCACGUUUAGUGAAGAAACAAACAGAUAUUGGACUAGCUACAAUAUAUUUUAAAAACAGAAAUAUCUUGAGCACGAGGAAAGAUAUUGAGAAACUGAAAAGGCCGUUAUGAUUAUGUAGUUGAAAUGAUCUUUUGUUGCGAUACAAAUUAGACCGCCAGGUUUUUUUCCAUUUUAUCGGCACCUUUAGGCUCUAGCUGUGUAAACGGGGAGAUGAGAACGAAGGUUGUUGUUUCCUUUUCUUUUUAAACGUUACUACAUAUAAAUUCUGUCAUGAUUCACUUCAGAAGUCUGAGCAUCGAAAGAUAUGACUCGUUUGAUCUGGGCUUUAAUGUCUGUUUUUGUGUUCGCUUUGACAGAUAUUGAAACAAUCUUACAGCGGUUCACCGUGGACGAUUUCUGUUGAGACGGGAGUAGGUUAGCGUUGCGCAUGAUUUCCAUAUUUAGCCCACAAACACAGAGUUGCAAAAAAAGAUUGCCUCGGGAAGCUCUUGAAAGGUGAACUAACCAGUGGCUGCUCUGUCGCUAUGUCGCACGUUGCGAUGAAACGUAAAUAAAUUCUCCUUUCGUAUAUUUUGUUUAAUGGCCAUUCACUUAGCAGUACUAAGCUGGGCGUUAACAUUGUUGAUUUGUUUUAAAAACAGAAAUAACACUUUGACUGCAUUUUCCCUUCACAGAUGAAUGAUUCCAUGGCCUCUCUUAAAAUGUGAGUUUGAAAAUUAAAUGGAAAAAAGGUCCCAACAGGCGCUUCGUGAUCCAGGGUGAUUUUGAUCACUCAGUGAAUUUUUAUUUUUAGUGAUGAGCAUAAAGAUGGUGUUGUGGGUGGAGAUGAGUUUGGAGGUAGGGAUGUUGGCCCGAAUGUUAAGAAUGCAGAUUGA